UAUUUUAAAUAGGCACUACCAGAGCUAAAGCUAUCUUUUUUAUUUAAAUCAGGACAAUAUCAGGAACAUCUCAAUUUAAUAAUGAAAUGACGACAUUGAUUCAAUAACACUUUGUCUCUACAAAAAUGUAACUCUAGUAGUACAAAAAUAAUUUUAACUGCGGAGUUACUUCAUUGAUUGCAUAUCACAGAUAGCGUUGCCAAUUGAAAUUGAAAUAUUGGCAUGCUAAUCAAUUCCCCCCACCAGUGACGCACUGAUGCCAGAUUAAUGCGUCAGUGAUGGAACAGAUGCUCAAUCAUUUCUGGCCAAAUGCCCUUUUUGGCAGCUGAUUUUUGUUUUGCCUUUCCAGCUCUGCCCCGCCCCCUCAGGUGCCUAUAUGUUUUACCCAGAGUGCACAGAGCGAGAGAGAGAGAGCGAGAGAGAGAGCGCGUGAUGGGUAGCUAUACGGCCGGUGUGGAGGCGGUGCAGGCGGGUUGGUGACCGAAAAGUGCACUAUAGACAGUAAUAGCGCUAUAUACAGUGAUAAGUAGGAUGAGGCAUAACCAGAUGUUGUAUCGUUGUGUAUACAUCAACAUGCAAGAGUCCGGACACAUCAACCGUGACCGCCUCCUGUCCUGACAGCGGUCUGCUCUGCACCGACACGGAGACGUCCGCUGCCCGCGGUUCCGACUGGUCGCAUCCGUCCUGCAGGCUGGCUGCUGGGUCGGUUCUGUUCCCGGACCGUAAAUCGAUCUUCGCCUUUUAUGUGACAGCCCUGUCGCGUUGAUUGGCGUGCGAGGAGACUGAUGCUGUUCCCCUCUGUGAAUGUGUGAGAUCACCUUUGCGGUUCACCUUGGAAAUAAACAUUUAAUAACGAAACAAAUAAACGCAUGAAAGGUUGAUGGAUUGCAUGCAGCAGCAACAAAUCAGCACCGACCCGUGUGGGUCCAAAGUGCAACCUGGUCCUUGUGCAUUGAUCGGAGUCAGUCUGGGUUUACUUCCACAGCUCGCAACCCAGGAUCCAACUCUCAUCAGCUCAUCAAAGGUGCUAAACAGAGAGUCUGGAUUGAGCCCCAUGCAGGCUGCAGUUGCACCUGGGAAAGUGACAGACGAAAUGCAGUCAGGGCAGCCAAAGUCUGGGUCCACUCCAGCAACACUGGUAAGCAUAAGCCGACCAAGACCGACUGCUCUCGGAACCAAAUCCGCUCCAAAGUCUCCCAGAAUCUCAGAGAACCCCUCAAAGGAAAUAGACUUGAUCCCAGUUUGUAUCCCAGGACCUCAGAGUGCCAACGUCCUGUCACAUUCCCAGACAGAGUCCUCCUUCUGCCGCCACAGUCCCCAGAGCCCCCGCAGCCCUCAGUCUUACACCAGCCAGCCUUACCUGAGCCCAAACCCCAGCCUGCCCUCCAGCCUCAGCCCCAAACCCAGCCUCUGUCCUCAGCCACAGCGGACCCCCUCAUCUGGGAGCUCCACGCAGAGCGAAGAGCAGCCCGAGAAGCCAGGAGGAGAGAACAAUGACUUCAGGGUGUACAUCGUCACGUGGAACGUGGGAUCAGCUGUCCCGCCAGAUGACAUCACUUCUCUGUUCGGACCAAAUGUUUCAGACGGAAGCGUUGACAUGUUUAUCAUCGGACUCCAGGAAGUCAACUCCAUGAUAAACAAGCGGCUGAAGGAUGCUCUGUUUUCAGACCAGUGGAGUGAGCUUUGCAUGGACACACUCAGUCCUUUUGGAUAUGUUUUGGUGGCGUCCCAGCGUAUGCAGGGAGUGCAGCUGCUGGUUUUCUCUAAAUUCUGCCAUCUUCCGUUCCUCAGAGGAGUGCAGACAGAGAGUACACGCACGGGACUUGGGGGAUAUUGGGGGAAUAAAGGGGGCGUCAGCGCAAGGAUGACAAUGUUUGGCCACCCGGUGUGCUUUCUCAAUUGUCACCUGCCUGCUCACAUGAGGAACCUGGAGCAGCGGAUGGAGGACUUUGAAAGCAUCCUGCAGCAGCAGCAGUUUGAAGGAGGCACAGCGACCGGUGUACUGGACCACGAUGUGGUUUUUUGGUUUGGGGAUUUAAAUUUCCGUAUUGAAGACUAUGACAUCCAUGUGGUGAAAUGUGCCAUCGACAGCAAUAAGCUGCCUCUUCUGUUGGAGCGAGAUCAGCUCAACAUGGCUAAAAGCACAGAGUCCGUCCUUGAAGGCUUCAUUGAGGGACCAUUAAAAUUCCCUCCCACUUAUAAGUUUGAUGUGGGCACUCACACGUACGACACCAGUGCAAAGAAGAGGAAACCUGCCUGGACAGAUCGCAUCCUCUGGCGCCCUCGUCGUACCGGCUCCCCAGUCCCUACCCACAAUGCAGCACUGCAGCGGGGUCUGACCUCGUGGUUGGGUGGUGCGACUAAAGUGACUCAGCAUGUGUACCGAAGUCACAUGGGCUACACCAUCAGCGACCACAAGCCUGUUUCUGCCUUGUUUUCACUGCAUUUCCCAUUCAAGGUGGAUAUGCCCCUGGUGGAGCUGCAGGUAAGCAAGGAGUGGUGUAAAGUCUCAGAAGCUACAGUUAGAUUCACUGUUGCAUCGACGUAUCAGCGCAGCUCGUGGGACUGGGUGGCAAUAUACAAGGUUGGAUUUAGACAUCACAAAGAUUACCAGGCAUACAUAUGGGCCAAGGGAGAGCAUGCAACACAGGUGACAUUUUCAGAGGAGGAUUUGCCGAGAGAUGAUUGUGAAUACAUCCUGGGUUACUACAGUAAUAAUAUGAACACCAUUGUUGGACUGUCCACGCCAAUUCAGAUCAAGAUUCCAGUCCACAGCCCCACCGCGCGUCGCUCCGACAGCUCCGACGUCAGCUCAGAAGAUGACAGUACUCUGGUUCUGCUGGCUCCAUGCUCCCGCAGCCCGAGCCCUAAAAACGGCAAACACCACCACCACCGCCACCGUCGUAGCCGCAGCCCCGCUGUUCCUGCUCUUUCUUCCAACCCCCUCCCCUCCCUACAGAGCCUCAGCCUCUGUCCUCGCUCCAAAGAAGGCCAGACUUGCAGCCUCUCACCCUGCUCUGCGGCUAGGAAGGAGCGACUGGUCUCCCCCGACACUGUGUUGUCCCCCACCAUCAGCCCGCUCAGUCCCCGCAGCCCUGUGUCUCCAGGUGGGGGGGUGACUGCACCGGAGGCCCUGAUCGCUGCCAUCUUAGGUGAACACAGACCAGCUCAGGUUAGCCCCGUAGUGGUCAAACGGAUAGGAAAGACAGGGGAAACAGACACUGCAUAGAAUAUAAACAACAAUAGUUAAAGAAAUACUUCACCCACAAAAUGACCUUUUCUUUAUCAAUUACUCACCGUGUGGUACCUUCAAUUCUUAAACAAAACGUUGUUUUUCUCGCAUUCCUACAUAGUGACCGAAUAAUAAAAGCAAACUAAGAAAAUUCUUUAAGGAAUUUAAGUGACUGCAUUUAACAUCAGCAGAACUAUAGCAAAACAUCUGUUUACAAAUUCUCACACAACUCGUGCAGCAUAAUCCAAGUCUCAUUUAUCCAUAUGUUCACUACUUCCUAAACACAUGCAUUUGAACUAAAAGCUUACUAUUUACAACACUUCAGACUUGCAUGAUGAGUAGCGUGCCGACACAAACGGGAGACUGUUUAUGCAGAAGUGUUUUUAAAUAGAGGCCAUUGAUAAAAACAAAGUUUUCUUCAAGAAUUCAAGGUUACACAUGUGAGUUAUUGAUAUACAAAUAGUCAUUUUGUGGGUGAAGUAUUCCUUUUAAAAGGAGGCGCCGUACAAAGAAAACAACGGCACUAUUCAUGUGUUCAGGGUCUGAACGGUUCCCACAAAGUCACCGUGCUCGUAGAAGCAGCACACUCCGUGACUCCUAUUGUAGUUUGCAAACAUUCCACAUUGUAGCCCUGCAGUUCUGUCUCUGAAUCUACCAUCAUCUCAUACACUAUGUGUAUCCUGGAGUCAAUGAUGUGUCCAGACUCCUGAAGACAAGUGCUUUUAUUUAUAGACUCAUAAGCUAUAUCAUACGUAAACAAACAUAUUGAAUGUGAAACCAAAAUCAGAGUAAACCUAUGAUGGAUGUGACCAGUUGUUACUGACAGCAAUAUGUAUUAGGGCUGCAACUAGCGAUUAUUUCCAUUGUCGAUUAAUCUGUCGACUAUAUUCUCGAUUAAUAGUUGUUUGGUCUAUGAAAUGUCAGAAAAAUGACGAUCAGUGUUUCCCAAAGCCCGAGAUGACGUCCUCAAAUGUCAAAGAUAUUCAGUUCACUGUCAUAGAGGAGUAGAGAAACAAGAAAAUAUUUACAUUAAAGAAACUGGAAUCAGAGACUUGAGACUUUUUUGUCUUGAAAAGAUUACUCAAACCAAUUAAUCGAUCAAAAUAGUUUUUGAUUGAGUGAAUAGUUGACAACUAAUUGAUCUUUGCAGCUCUAAUAUGGAUCCAUGUAAAGAGUCUUGUAUUAAUAUAAGGACCCUUGGCCAGAAGUAUUGAUGGUAUCAUAGUUCAAAUCAGUGUGUGUGUGUGCGUGUGUGUGUGUGCGUGUGUGUGUGUGUGCGUGCGUGCGUGCUUAGACCUAUGUGAUUAAUCAUCAAUGUAUAAAACAUGAAUUUUUUGAACCAGGUGAUGUUUUAAACUUUUAACUCUAUAGUUCUUGGUCUGUAUUCAUAAAAUAAAUCCAAGAAAAAAGAAAGAGCAUUUCACGACCUCAGUUCAUCUGAAAUGUACAUGUGACCUUGUGACUUGGACAGUUGUCUUAGAUCAAUGCUCUUUUUCCUAGCAGCUUUGUGAAUACAACCCCUGUUCUACAGUCAGUGAGUGGGUGUUUAGGCUAAUGUGUUUGUUUUGCUUCAAGGAAGAAAAUGACAUGUAAUUGUGUGAGUGUGCAAAUAAAACAAGAACAAACAGAAAAUAAACUGAACAAAUGCUGUUUAUUGGACAAACACUGUUAAAGAGGUGUGUAUUUCUGUGUAUAUGUGGACUCAAGCUGCAUAAUGAGUGUACUUUACAAUAGUCAAUAGUUUCACAGAUAGUCUCUGCUAAUCAGCAUAACCCUCAAACUUUAUUCAAAUCAAUAACCUUGUCAAUGUCCCACAAACAACCGCAACCGCCUCGUCUCAAGCAGAGUGUGAAAGGUUUCUUACCUUCUUUAUUAAUAGGAUAAAUAACAUUAAAACACAAAUAACUCCUGCAGAAUCCGUUGAUAUCCCCGGCCCUUAUUUGGAAUUAUUGGAUUUUUUGUAUUCCCUUAUCAGGACAGUCCUCAACACUGUC